AUGAGACGCUCGAGCACAGACGAGACUCCGUACCGGCGGAGUCCGUCCCUGGACAGUAAAGCCGACUCGCCACCUUUCACUUCUGGUUUCCACCGCUUCAGUGGAGAGUUUGAGUACAAGCGGCCGCCGUUUGCGUUUGGCUUCCACACGACCAAGGGGCCGGAAACGACCAAGGGGCGCUACGCCCAGGGGAAGAAGUAUGUGGUGUUUUACCUGGACCUCUCCUUCAUCUUCCUCCUAGAACUGCGGCGCUGCAGGAUGGCCGAGGGUUGCAUGAUGGCCCUGCGAUAUGGAAUGGUCUUCUUCAAUCUUCUUUUCUGGCUGGGAGGAUGUGGCAUCCUGGGGGUGGGGGUCUGGCUCUCGGUGACCCAGGGAAACUUUGCCACCCUAUCAUCAUCCCUUCCCUCGCUGUCAGCGGCCAACCUGCUCAUCGCCGUGGGGACCAUCAUCAUGGUGAUCGGCUGUCUGGGCUGUGUGGGCGCCGUCAAAGAGAGUCGUCCUCUGCUGCUGACGUUCUUCAUCCUCCUCCUGCUCAUCUUCUUCCUGGAGAUUCUGUCCAUCAUGCUUUUCUUCAUCUACCAAGACCAGAUUGAUCACUACGCCCAGAGGGAUCUGAAGAAAGGCCUCCAGCUCUUCGGCACCGAGGGAAACGUGGGCCUGACCAACGCCUGGAUGAUCGUACAAACUGAUUUCCGCUGCUGCGGAGUAACCAACCACACCGACUGGUUCGAAGUGUACAACGCCAGCCGGGUGCCCGACUCCUGCUGCCUGGAGUACAGCGACAACUGUGGCCUAGAUAACCCGGGGACGUGGUGGACGGCGCCGUGCUACGAGCGCGUUAAGGACUGGCUUAAUGAGAACCUGGUGGCUCUUUGGAUCUUUGCUCUAUGCACGGCACUUACUCAGAUCCUGGGCCUGGUCUUCUCCAUGACGAUGUUCUGUCAGGCAGUGAAAGUAGAAACGUUUUACGCCUAGCGACUGACCUCU